UUCACAAACCUCUACAACCUGGGUAGUAUUUUUGACUCAUCCACAUCCAAGCUGAAGUAUAUUAGAGGGAUUUGGGAUUUUCAAGGAGUAAUUGAAGGAUUUAAAAGGGGCUAUGAAGUCAAUUAAAAAAAGAUGUAUGAAGAGUAAGAAUGGGUUUAUAGGAUCAAAGUCAGUAAGAUAUUAUUUCUAUGGUUCCUGCCUUUCUGGGGACCUGUGAGAAAAUAAAAAGGGUCCUUACUUACUCCUUUUAAUUGAAGCAUUGGAAAGUCCACUAUCAUUAACCUUUUUUUUUUAUCAUCAAGGAGAAAUCUUUAAUUAUUUAGGCUAAAUCCAAAAGGAGAUAAAAUGCAAGAAAGGGACUAAAUAAGAAUGUUAGGUUUUGAUUUAUCAAAAAAAAGUUGGGUUAAGGUUGCAGCUUUUUUCAUUCUAACAUCAUCUCAAAAGCUGAAUCUUUAAAUAAGAUUUGGCAUCAAUCAAAGAAAGCUGAAAUCUGACUACCCUUUUGAGUAAUCUUCUUUGAUAUUCCUCAGCAGAUAAGAAUUUUGCAGAACUAUUCAACUGUUUUGCUUUGUUGGGUUUUUACCAAUUUUCAUUCUGGUGAAUUUCUCUCUUUUUUUCUGUAUAAUCAAGAUGUUAGCUUUGAUGGGUUUUUAAAAUUUUUCAUUUUCGGAAUUUGUAUUUGGAUUUCCUGAACUGGGUUGUUGUCAUACUAAUUUUUCCCCAUUUCAAUUCACCACUUACCCAUAACCCUUGUAUGCCAUGUUGCUAUCGAGCUUAAUCGAAAACAACCUCUUUAUUAUUAUUAGCAUCAAUUCGUGGGAGCAACUUAGUUGUUAGUGUAUACAACAUAUCAUUAAUUUGAUGAUUGAGGCCCCAGGAUUGAGGCUCCGGUACAUGGAGUGAUAGAAUGGAAUGUUGUUUCAAUCCAUUACUUCAUCAUUAUCACUUUUUUAACUUCAAACAAAUCAAAAGAUUUAGCUUGGAUUUUGUUGUUUGUUUUGUUUUUUGUUACUUUUUGGAUUUGUUCUCUAGUACCAUUAGUCAUAUCUUAAUUUGUAUGCAAUUUAAGCAAUACCAUGCUUAUAAAAGGAGUUUUUUUUUUAUUGUAUUCCGUAUAAAUUCAUAAUUUUGCUGUUUUUCAUACUGGAUUUGGUAAUAAGAGUCCCCAAAUGCACCAUCUAACAAAUCUAUGGAGAUUUGUGAAUGUUUUGUUUGUAUGUGCUUUUGUUUUGAUAAAUGUGAUAAGUAUGAGUUUUGGGUCCAGUAAUCCAUAGUAUAUGGGGGGCACAAAAAACUGUCUCCAAUGUACAACUUGCACCAGCUAUUGUGGGAGAAAAUAAACCAAAAUAAUACAACUGUUUGUGGUGCCUAAUGUCUAGGAACUGGGUAAUAUCAUAUUUUUUUUUCUUUAGAUUUUGUUAGAAAAUGGGGUUUGGUGGAACUACCAUUUCCCACUUUCUGUGGAUGGACCCUCACUUGAAGGUUAAAGACUAUUUUUGAUGAUUUUGUCUUCUUACAUUUAGAUUUUCUUUUAUUUUCAUUGAUAGUUUUUCUGUUCUACAGUUGAUGAUAGAGGUGGAAUGAUUUUUGCAUUCUGAGAAACAUUAGAUCAACCCAAAACCUUAGUGAGUCUUAUGCAUGUCUGGUCCUGUGGCGAUUGCCGAAAAUGGUUUUGUUUUGUGUUCAACGAGAACCCAAUCGCUUGAUGCUAUUGCUUUGAAUGUGAAAGAGAACAAUCCUUCUACCUCAAAUGGGAACAUAUCUCGUACCUCUUCGAUGGCUUCCGCAUUUCGGGUGGGAGAGAUUUUAUUGCCAAACGGAGAGUCUUAUUCGGGAUCAUUGCUUGGAAAUGUGCCGGAGGGUUCUGGGAAGUAUGUAUGGCCAGAUGGUUGUGUUUAUGAAGGGGAGUGGAGAAGAGGGAUGAGGCAUGGGUGGGGCAAACUUAGCUUCCCUUCUGGAGCAGUUUACGAGGGUGAGUUUUCAGGUGGUUAUAUGAAUGGUCAGGGAACGUAUACGUGGGUGGGGCAUAUGACUUAUAAGGGCCGAUGGAAACUGAAUGUUAAGCAUGGGUUGGGAUAUCAAACUUACGCCAACAGGGAUGUCUUUGAGGGUUCUUGGAUACAAGGAUCUCCAGAAGGACCGGGAAAAUAUACAUGGGCUAACGGUAAUAUUUACUUGGGAAAUAUGAAAGGGGGGAAAAUGUCCGGAAAAGGAAGUCUUACAUGGAUUAAUGGAGAUAUGUUUGAAGGUAGUUGGUUGAAUGGAAUGAUGCAUGGAUUUGGAGUAUAUACAUGGAAUGAUGGUGGUUGUUAUGUCGGAACUUGGACUCGUGGAUUGAAAGACGGGAAGGGUGCUUUUUAUCCGAGUGGUAGCAAGCUUCCUGCUGCCCAAGAGCUUUACUUGGGCGCUUUAAGAAAACGAGGGUUGUUGCCGGAUUUAAAGAAGCAAAACCAGGUGUCUCAUCUUCAUCAAGCAUCCUCAGUUAACUUGGAAAACGUCAAGGUUGGCAGGAGCCGUGCAUCUCGUCGCCUUCUGUCUGAUAAGUUUUCAAAAGGGAAUAUAUUAGACUUAGAGCAAUCUCGGGAAAAAAAUGUAUCUCUUGAGAGACGUUGGAGCCUCGAGGUCUCAAUCGAGAAGGCCAUUGGCCGUGAUGCAUCAUUUGGUUCAGGCAGAGAAAAGGAGGUCGAGACAAAUAUUCCUAUCCUUGAGCGAGAGUAUAUGCAAGGCGUUUUGAUCAGCGAGGUAGUUGUUAGUAAUACAUUUUCUCCGAGAUCUCGGAAAGCAAAACGAAGGCAGAGGAAACUAGCAAAGGAGGUAAAGAGACCCGGUGAAGCAAUUAUUAAAGGCCACCGAAGUUAUGAUCUGAUGCUCAGUUUGCAGCUCGGCAUAAGAUAUACUGUAGGAAAGAUCACUCCCAUACAAAGACGAGAAGUUCGAGCAUCCGAUUUUGGUCCACGUGCCAGCUUCUGGAUGAAUUUUCCAAAAGAAGGGUCGCAAUUGACACCCCCUCAUCAAUCAGAGGAUUUUAAAUGGAAGGAUUAUUGUCCAAUGGUUUUCAGAAAUUUGAGGGAAAUGUUCAAAAUAGAUGCUGCGGACUACAUGAUGUCCAUUUGCGGAAAUGAUGCUCUAAGGGAAUUGUCAUCUCCAGGGAAAAGUGGUAGCGUCUUUUUUCUCUCCCAAGAUGAUCGUUUCAUGAUUAAGACACUUCGGAAGUCCGAAGUAAAGGUUCUCUUGCGGAUGCUUCCUGAAUAUCACCUUCAUGUGCGUACAUACGACAAUACGCUCGUAACCAAAUUUUUCGGCCUUCACAGGAUAAAGCCUUCUAGUGGUCAAAAGUUCAGAUUUGUGGUGAUGGGAAAUAUGUUCUGCACGGAAUUAAGGAUCCAUCGGAGGUUUGACUUAAAGGGUUCUUCUCUAGGGCGCUCAGCGGAUAAAGUCGAGAUUGAUGAAAACACAAUUCUUAAAGAUUUGGAUUUAAACUAUAGUUUUUACCUGGAACCAUCUUGGCGAGAGGCUCUAUUGAAUCAGAUUGAAAUCGACAGUAAAUUCCUAGAGUCUCAACACAUUAUGGACUACAGUCUCUUGUUAGGAGUGCAUUAUCGUGCUCCUCAGCACCUCCGUCCAUUAAUUUCUCGUACAAAGAGCAUGAAUUCCGAUGUGUUGGGUGUUGUAGCUGAAGAAGAUGCUUGGGAUGAUGGCAUAUUUGCUUAUCCACAAAGUCUUGUUCUUGUUCCGCGAGGUGAUGAUAGCAGUGUUGUUGUGGGUUCUCAUAUAAGAGGAAGUAGAUUAAGAACAGCUUCCGCAGCAGGUAAUGAAGAAGUCGAUUUGCUCCUGCCUGGCACAGCAAGGCUUCAAAUUCAGCUUGGAGUAAACAUGCCAGCUAGAGCAGAACGAACCGAGGAGUCUGAGCCAACAUUUCACGAGGUGUAUGAUGUGGUCUUAUACUUGGGUAUAAUUGAUAUACUACAGGAUUAUAACAUGAGCAAGAAGAUCGAGCAUGCAUAUAAAUCUCUUCAAUUUGAUUCCAUAUCGAUAUCAGCUGUCGACCCAACUUUCUACUCUGAACGGUUUCUAAAUUUUAUAAAACAAGUUUUCCCCACCGAAGUGGCUGGGAGUUGAAGAUAUGCGAUUAUACGGUGAAAGAAGAGAUGGACACAUUUCUGAUUCGUUAUAUAGAGCUUUUAGUCUUUGUAAAUCGUGCGGUUGCGUUGGUGUUGUAGUAGUAUAAGAGUGUGUACAUCAACUCAUUUUCUCGGUUUUACCUAAACUUCCCGUUUAUUUUUUGUACUACUUUUUCCGAUAGGGAUUGUUUCAUAUUGUAAAUCAUUAAACCAUGCAUUAGUGAAUUUAUUUUUCUCCCAAAA